ACAUCAUGUGUUGGCAACAUUUUAUUUCAUGUUUUUUCUUGGAUUUCAAAGGGCCUGAAAUUCAGUCAGGGGGUCAUGGGUGAUAGGCUUGUGUGUGUGUGCUAAGUAAACAACUGGAUGAAUGCAUCUAUGGAAUGCAUAGAUAAAUGAAUGGAAUGUGCUAUAAUAUAUUAAAUAUGGCUACCACAGAUACACUUAUGUAGCAUACAUUAUGACAUUUCCAAUUUCAGAUACAAAAAAAUCUACUUCGUAGGACAAUUAAAGAAAAAGACAGUAAAGAAAAAGGGCGCAUUUUAGGGUGAAAAAUGCAGCUCUAUCUUCUUUGAACUUCAAAUUCCAUCAUGCGUAGGAUAAACAAUUGUCAACACAACGCGCAUUUAUAUCCGAUUGGCUUAUUCCAGUGUGAAUCGUGGAAAUCGACCAAUGGGUAAGGAAAACUCUGGAUGUGGGUGGGAGCUCAGUGUGAACGUCACCAAUAGACAGCUGGCUGCUCAGACAUGCGUGUGCCUGCCCAGUAGAGAGAGCUGUAGGUAGCGAUUUCCUUUCCAUUUCAUAUCACAGGGGCGGCUAAAGGAAAACCCAUCUGUCUGAGCACAGUCGUGCCAGCUUGCGCGAACCGAACCCACACACCUGGCCUGGGCAUGGACGAACAGGCAGGGCCCGGCGUGUUCUUUAACAACAACAACAACUCGGGUUUGCCUGGCGCUGGCAAAGGACCGCAGCAGCCAGGCGACGUCGGUGGCGGAGAGGCGGCCAGGGCUCAUUACAACAUUCCGGGCAUAUUGCACUUUCUGCAACACGAAUGGGCCCGCUUCGAGGUGGAUAGAGCGCAAUGGGAGGUGGAGCGAGCCGAAUUGCAGGCCCAGAUAGCCUUCCUGCAGGGCGAGAGGAAGGGCCAGGAGAACCUGAAGAAGGACCUGGUCAGGAGGAUCAAGAUGCUGGAGUAUGCCCUCAAACAGGAGAGGUCAAAAUACCACAAGCUCAAAUAUGGAACAGAGUUGAACCAAGGAGACAUGAAACCUCCCAGCUACGAUGAUUCCGAUGAAGGGAAUGAAAACGAGGUCCCGAGCCCCCCCAACAGUAGUCAGCUGGGUUGGAAACAGGGACGGCAGCUACUCAGACAGUACCUUCAGGAGGUGGGCUACACGGACACCAUCUUGGAUGUGAAGUCCCAGAGGGUCAGGGCGCUGCUGGGCCUGGCUAGAGAUUCUGGAGAGAGGCCGUCGGACAGGAAACCGGAACCCAUGGUCAACGGCACCGAGCCAUCUUUGCUGAAGGACAGCGGCAUGAUCAGUAAACCUGACAUGUCUGACUCGGCCACUGUCCUUGAGGCCUUCAAGUUCAUAGAAAGCGCCGCCGCCGAGUUUAGCGACGAGGAGGACGACGAAGACAGCGAAGGGAGGGACAAGACCAUUAUGAACUUGGCCACUAUGGUGAGGAAGAAGACAUCUUCGUCCCCCUCCUCAUCCUCGGACAUGAGUGACGACCUGGACACAGAGGAGGCCCUGAAGGGCUUUGACUUCCUGGCCAGCCCAGAUGAGAUGGACGGCUCACCCGAUACCCGGAGCGCCGAAGACAGCGGAGACUGGGAGAAGGAAGAGCAGUGCCCCAUGCCCGAGGCCUGGGACGUGGACCAGGGCCUCAUAGCCCAACUCAAGGAGCAGUACAGGAAGGAGCGCAAGGGCAAAAAGGGGGUGAAGAGGCCUAACCGGUCCAAACUGCAGGAUAUGCUGGCCAACCUGCGAGACGCAGAAGACCUCCCGUCCAUGCAGCCCCCCGUGACACCGCCCUCCCGGCCCAGCGUCCCCAGGCUCAACGAGCACGAAGUGGGCCGCCCCGAAGAAGUGGAGGCCAUGACGUUUCCGCCUACGUCAGGGAAGUCGUUCAUCAUGGGGCCGGACGAUGCGGCAGAGAGCGAGCUGGGCCUGGGCGAGCUGGCGGGCCUCACUGUGGCCAACGAGGCAGACAGCCUGGCCUACGACGUGACCAACAGCCAGGAUGCGCUGCGGAAGACGUGGAACCCCAAGUUCACACUGCGUAGCCACUUUGACUCCAUCCGGGGCCUGGCCUUCCACCCCGUGGAGCCCGUCCUGGUCACUGCCUCCGAGGACCACACCCUCAAACUGUGGAACCUCCAGAAGACUGCCCCCGCCAAGAAAUGUGCUGCCCUAGAUGUGGAACCCAUCUAUACAUUCAGGGCCCAUCGUGGUGCGGUGUUGUGUGUGACCAUGAGCUCUACAGGGGAGCAGUGCUUCAGUGGGGGGAUGGAUGGAACCAUUCAGAGCUGGAACACCCCCAACCCUAAUAUCGACCCCUAUGACUCAUAUGAGCCCUCGGUGCUGCGGGGGGCGAUGCUGGGUCACACUGACUCAGUGUGGGGUGUGGUCUACAGCUCGGCCCACCAGCGCCUGCUCUCUUGCUCCGGGGACGGCACUGUGCGCCUGUGGAACGCUGCCAACACCUCCCCCGCACUCGCCAUCUUCAACGAGAAAGGAGAGCUGGGCGUCCCCACGUCAGUGGACCUGGUGUGCAGUGAGCCGGCCCACAUGGUGACGUCGUUCAGCACGGGGGAGAUCGGACUCUUCAACAUGGAGACGCGGCAGCUGAUUCUCAAGCUGGACCAGACCGGAGAGCCCGAAGCCCCGUGUAAGAUCAACAAGGUGCUGAGUCACCCCACUCUGCCCAUAACCAUCACGGCCCAGGAGGACCGACACAUCCAGUUCUUCGACAACAACACGGGGAAAUGUAUUCACUCCAUGGUGGCCCACCUGGACGCAGUCACCUGUUUAGCUGUGGAUCCCAACGGCUUGUACCUGAUGUCUGGCAGCCACGACUGCUCCAUCCGCCUGUGGAACAUGGAGAGCAAGACGUGCAUCCAGGAGUUCACAGCGCACCGCAAGAAGUCGGACGAGGCCAUCCACGACGUGGCGUUCCAUCCCACCAAGUGCUACAUCGGCAGCGCCGGGGCCGACGCGCUUGCCAAGGUCUUCGUAUGACCGCAAAUUCCAAUAGCUAACAGCUGCGUCCGGCUCGAAGGACCAUGAAAAAGGGGAUGAGGUGUGGUGUAACUGAAGGGAGGGAUGGGAGUUAGAGCCCAACUCAAAGGCAGGAAAUGUAGUGAGGUGGAUGGGUAACUAGCCACUGGUGUCUGGGUCUCGACCAGUGGCAGUCGAGAGGGAUGGUUAGACACCUGAUGGUUUGAAGGCUGAAAGGGGUGAACGUGAGAGUUGGCGAGAAAGAGGGCUACUGUCUUUCCACUGUAUACUUCCUGUCCUACAGACACACUCCCCAGCUAACCCGGGCAGGCCUGGGUGCUACAUCCAAACCAGGAGACCAGUGGUUAAACAUCACAAAGACCAGGCGCAUAUCCAGGAAAUUCUCAAGACCUGUACUCUCAUUUAGAAACAUUGAAUUUGUGUCCUAACAGAAACACAAGACUCGUAUUCUGCACCCCAACCCCUGGCCACCCCUAAGACUGCCUGUGUCUUCAAUGUUGUCGUUUUUCAAAGAUUUCAUGGAAAUGUGCCUUUUUCGUCAAUCGUCUUGCAAACAACGUUAUUUUACAGUUUGUGUGCAACGUAGGAGUGGGCAGGUCGUUCAACAACAAGUAAUCAUUUAUUGUCCAACAUAGUACUGGACAUUGUCUAUUCCAUUUGAUCCAUAAAACUAAGUUUAAAAAUAAUUAUAUUUUCAUUCUAUGUACACAGCAUAUGUAUGGCUAGUGGUCAAUAGUCACAGUACUGUUUCAGUUAUUGAACGUGGGAGUUGGGAGCCACAAUGCCCUCAAAUCCACUGAAAUAUACAGUAGCGUGCAGAACUGGAGUCCCCCUGAAUAAGAAAAAUGGUAAAGUAACCUGAAAGUCAGUUUGAAGUUGAAGUAAAGGCCAUGAGGCUGCAUUUCCUUGAUGUGUGAUUUAUUAUAGCCUUUUUUUAUAUGUCUGUGGUUUUGUAUUUAAUCACAACAAAUUCGAAAUGACUCCAUUAGUUCAUCUCUAAAACAAGUAAAAUUGUAGCUUUUUAAGUAGUGCCUAUUGUCCACACACUUGUUUUGCACCCUCUUGAAAAGCUAAACCCAUGAAAAUAAUUUAAUUGUGUAAUGAAACUUUGCUAACAAAAUUCCUACAUAUUAGCCCAUAUGAAUCUGUCACCUAUGUGAGUAAGCCAUCCUUGUAUUCCAGCUUGCUUUGCUUCACUGUUGAAUCAGUGUUCAAAUACAAAUUGUCUGUACACAGCCAAAACACUGACUUACCCAGGCCACAUCCAUUCUUAAACUUAAUUUAGUUUCCAAUUAAAUUGUAAAUGCUUUUAUGCUUCAGCUUCAGUUCUCCUAGGUACAAGGAGUGCCUCUUUGGUGUUUGGAUGUUCCAUUCUUUACAUAAAUAGGGCCGCAACUCCUACUACAUUGUAAUAUACAGUACCAACAUAAGUAGAAGCGUUAACUCUUAACAAGAUCUGUCCUGUGACACUUUGCUAGCAGUAGAUCAAUUACUCAAACUUUGUUUCACAAUUUAACGCAAUUGAUUGAUCAAUGUUGUGGUUUGACCUAAUUUGAGUACAUGCUGCUUUAUCGUGUAUUUAUAGUUGAACAACCAGACAAACUGCACUGAAAAUGGUUUGCAGUGAAAACAUUUAUUCAUUUAAUUGUUUUUUUAUUUGAGCUGUGUAUUUAUUUAUGACUCCGUGUCAUUUAAGCCAAAAGGAUCAACCAAGUAUUGUCUUACAACGACAAGAUGCUUCACAGAGAGCCUGCGGAUGUAAAGUUUCCUGCGACCGCUAAGUUGGUCUUUCAGCUUAUAAUGCUAAGUUAGCUCUUUUGCUAAUGCUAAGUUAAUGCUAAGUUAGCUAUGACUGCUAAGGUAGUUUCUUCAUAGCUAUCCUGCUUGCCCCUGUACUGAGUUAGCCCCUUGGCUCCCAUUUUUGACUGCAGAACUGAGGUCUCUCAGUACUCAACUGCACAUAAGCUACGCUCCUGUGUUUAGGCGAUAUGACCAGCUCUGGUCAGAAAGCAAGGUAAAUGCUUUAUGUAAUAACUGUUAGAGAAUAGAAUUGUCUCAUUAUUUUGAGCAAUUACUCGUUUUUUAUUUACUAUACAUGGUUGUUGAAAAAGGUAAAGAAAUCCUUGUUAAAUACAGGUAGAUAUUUUUUAAAAGAAUAUUUUCUGUUUUACUUGAACAUUUAGGAGUUAUUCCUUGGGGGAUUUGUGUACUUUUUUUAUUUUGUAGUGGAAUGGUUGGAGAUUUGCCGGUCUUAUCAAAAGUUGUAUGCCUUUGGUUGUGAGCACUACAAAACAAGACAGAUUUUGUCAUUAUUCUCCAAGUUGUUUCAUCUGCAGUUGAACAGAGAGAGAUUAGGAUUUCGCUAUCUACCAAAUGCUUUGGUCUCUAAAAUGAGGACUGUUGAAUGACAAGGAUGGAUCAAAAAUCUGUGGGGAAUUCGGUGUGCUUGCGUUGUACAAAUAUCUUUUUUUCUUUUUUCUUUACUUUGGUGUCAGGUAAUUUUAGACAAUGUAAGGGCGAGAACAAAAAUGUGUACAGUUUUAAAGUAUAAAAAAAAAAGAUAUUUAUUAACACAGUAUAUUGAGUGAUGUGAAAUGGAGUCAGUAUGUAUGGUGCGCUUGUCGUGGUAAACGUACAGUAGUUUCAUCACAACACUGAGUAGUUGAACAAAAUAGGAGUUAUUAUAGGGCCCCCUGCUGCUCACAAUGUGGAAGAAGCAUAUUUCAGCAGGUUGGCUCUCAUUUCAUGUCUUUUAAUGGGCUGUAUGUCCAUUUGAAUGACAGAAUAAUGAGGCUGACCAUAGGCUAGUGUGCUUUUUGUGUGUGUGUUUUUGGUCGUAGAGAACCACUUUAAAUACUUGUUUUCUCCAAACCAGUUUGAGCUGUCAUUUUUGAAACUGGGUCUAAUACCAUAGUUAGCUGUAUGUCCAUCAAGACUGCAUACGGUCGUCAAUUGGAAUAUUAAUAACCAAGCAAAUACAGUGGUCCUCCAGAACCAGGAGUCGGACUAUUUGAACAAAUAAUUAUCAUACUGUGAAAGGCAGUGUAAAAGCAGAAUGCUAUAGUCUAAAUAGUGACUCAUAUAUGCGUCUAAAAUUCACUUGUCUAUUCUGAGCAGCAGGGGGUGUUGCUUACAAGCACUACAAAGUGUAUGAAAAGAUCACACAAAACAAAGAACCUAUUAAUAACCAAUGGGAAAACAAAAACAAAGUCCUGGGCGAAGCCAAGUUUGCCUGUUGUAAAUCAAAAGUCAUUGCCCUUUUAACCUCCAGGUGUAUAGAGAAUUCUUUUAAGAUGAUGUGAAUUUGAUAAAUAUGCUAAUUAGACUGUACAUACAGUACAUAUAAUUAUUGUCAUUAUAGUUUAUUCUUUUUUCAUGAUGUAUUGUAUUUUUUCUCAGAUGGAAGAGUGACAGAUUUAUCAAUAACAACAAUAAAGGAAUAUGUUGUAUAUCA